AUGGUUCUACUCCUCUUAGUAGUGCACAACAACAGCUCAGACCCAGCAAUGGUACAUCUCCUCUUAGUAGUGCACAACAACAGCUCAGACCCAGCAAUGGUACAUCUCCUCUUAGUAGUGCACAACAACAGCUCAGACCCAGCAAUGGUACAUCUCCUCUUAGUAGUGCACAACAACAGCUCAGACCCAGCAAUGGUACAUCUCCUCUUAGUAGUGCACAACAACAGCUCAGACCCAGCAAUGGUACAUCUCCUCUUAGUAGUGCACAACAACAGCUCAGACCCAGCAAUGGUACAUCUCCUCUUAGUAGUGCACAACAACAGCUCAGACCCAGCAAUGGUACAUCUCCUCUUAGUAGUGCACAACAACAGCUCAGACCCAGCAAUGGUACAUCUCCUCUUAGUAGUGCACAACAGUUUAAUCCUCAAGCCACUCCUUCAAACCAAUCAUCUGGUACAUACAAUCAAAUUGAUCCUAAUCCCAUCAGUUCCGAUCAAUCAAGUCAACGUGCCAAUCCUCCUAAUCCUCAAUCUCGUCCGCACGACCAGUUUGUUGAUAUUCCACUUUCCCGUGGUAGACCCAAACAACCAGUUCCUGAUGAUCUCAUGCAGGCCAUUCUCAAUUUAUUCGAACAACAUGGGCGACAUGGUAUCAUCCCCACUUACCUUAGGCUUAAUAAAGAUAUAG